GUAUAACAACAGGAGAUGUGGGGAGAGGGGAAGAAUAGGACUAGGCCCCAGCUAGUGUUGAACGACAGUGUCAGUCAUGAGUACGCUUGCCAUGCCGUACCUCCUCAGGCCGCUUUCGACCUGAUAAUAGGCAGUAGGAAACGCACAAUCACACAAGCAUCACCUUUCAGAAAAAAAAAAAUUAACGCAGUUGGUAGUGGAAUCUUGGAUGGAGCAUUUGGGAAAAUGCCGAUUACAGAUUCACAAACAGCCGAGCUUGAUGAAAGAAUUGAGGCAUUUAUUGCAAGUUUAAAGCUUGGCCAGGUUGUUGGUUCAUAUGAUGUAGCUAACAAGACAGUGAAGUUGCUACGGCGUGUGGUGUCACAGACGAGAUGGAACCAUGCUGGUGAUCUGAUGGAUAGGAUUCGAAAAGAAGGGAGAAAGAUGAUGGCAGCACAGCCGUCAGAGUCUGCCAUUGGAAAUGUUGUCAGAAGAGUUCUGAAAAUUAUUAGGGAGGAGCACACUGCGAUUCAAGGAGCCAGGGAUGAUACUGGAGACAAUCAACAGUCACUUCAUAAAAUGUUAUUAGCUGCUGGAAAGUCAGAAGACUUCUACAAACCAAGUGUGAAUUUAAAAGGUCGUGUUAUCGAGAGCAUCAAUGAGUUCCUGACAGAACUUGAGAGCAGUGCCGACAACAUAGCUACUCAAGCCCUUGAACACAUCCAUUCUAAUGAGGUGAUAAUGACUGCCGGAAAAUCACGAACUGUGCAAGCUUUUCUUUUGAAUGCAGCUAGGAAGAGAAAAUUUCAAGUGAUAGUUGCAGAAUGUGCUCCAUCUUAUCAGGGUCAAGAGCUUGCAGUGAACCUUGCAAAGGCUGGAAUAGAAACUACUGUGAUCACUGACUCAGCAGUAUUUGCUAUGAUGUCAAGGGUCAACAAGGUCAUCAUUGGCACACACACAGUUAUGGCCAACGGAGGAUUGAAAGCCAUCAAUGGAAGCCAUGCAAUAGCAUUAGCAGCGAAGCACCACUCUGUGCCUCUAAUUGUAUGCGCCCCAAUGUUCAAGUUAUCACCCGAAUACCUCUGCUCACAUGACCAGGAUGGUUUUAACAAGUUUGAAUCACCCCAUGAUGUAAUGCAGUUUGCAGAUUCUGAUCCCCUCUCACAAGUGCAGGUUUAUAACCCUGCAUUUGAUUAUGUACCACCUGGACUAGUCACCCUAUACAUAUCCAACAUUGGUGGUAAUGCACCCUCAUAUGUGUACCGGUUACUCAGCGAACUCUACCAUGCAGAUGACCAUGACCUCUGACAUCAAAACUCUCUGCUGUUGUGAAACUAUCCUGUGACACAGUAUGAAUUUUUUAAAAAUAGAAUGCAACCCAAGUUGGUAGAGGAAUGCUAUACAUGGAUGGACAAUAAUGAAGCAUCUGAUUUAGCUUACAUGCCUGAUAUAUGCCGUAUUCUGUAUAGGUAUUAUUUACCACACCAUAAGUUGGCAUUAAUGUUCAAUAAUAUAAUAAUAAAGAUUUGAGGACAAAAAUGGA